AUGAAGGUCAUGGACAUUAGGGACAAAGUCACUAGGAAAUGGAAUGUAGGAAUUUCAAGAAAUAUGGAUUUUAGGGCAAGAGCAAUGGCAAAAGAUAAGGUUGAAGGGUCAUUCAAAGAUCAAUAUACAAGACUUCAUGAUUAUGGUCAUGAGCUGCUGAAAACAAAUCCAGGUACAACAGUACAAAUUAAAGUUGAUAACAUUAAUGGUGAGGUCAUAUUCCAAAGAUUUUAUGCAUGCUUGAAGGCAUGCAAGGAUAGCUUCAUUUGUUGUAGACCUAUUAUUGGCUUGGAUGGAUGCUUUUUGAAAGGUAAGUAUGGAGGGGAGUUACUAACAGCAGUGGGAAGAGAUGAAAUUGGCCAAAUGUUGCCCAUAGCAUAUGCUGUUGUUGAGAGUCUUUUGCCAGCUAUCCAAGAUCUUAUACCUGGUGUAGAACAAAGAUUUUGUGUUAGGCAUUUAUAUUCAAACUUCAGAAAAACAUUUCCUGGAAAAAACCUUAAACAUCUCAUGUGGAGGGCAGCAACAGCCACACACCCACAACAAUGGGAGGCUGAAAUGAGGAAUAUUAAAGACAUCAAUUUAGACGCAUUUAAAUAUCUCCUUACCAUCCCACCUAGAUUCACCUCUAGAUCACAAUGUGACACUCUUGUCAACAACAUGUGUGAGGGCUUUAAUAGUGUGCUAGUUGAUAGUAGGUCUAAGCCUAUUAUUAGCAUGUUAGAAGACAUAAGGGUUUACAUAAUGAAGAGAUGGGCUGCCAACAGGACAAAGAUGACAUCAUAUCAAGGUUCAAUCUGCCCCAAGGUUUUUAACAGAUUUCAGAAUGAGUCCUGGUUAACUAGAUAUUGGUUACCAAGAAAAUGGGCAAUUACUGGCAUUCUGUAUACUCAUGCCAUCACUGCAAUGAAAUUUUUGAAUAUAAAUGCAGAAGAAUACAUUGGGCACUGGUUUAGAAAUUCUACCUAUGAAGAGACUUACAACACAAUAAUUAACCCUAUCAAUGAACAACAUGUCUGGGAUGUUACACCCUAUUCAGAUAUAUUACCAUCAAAGAAGAGGGUAAUGCCAAGAAGGCCCAAGAAGAAACGAAGAUUAGAGGAUUGGGAGUUGAAGAAGAAUAACAGUGAAUUAAGAAAGGGUGGGCAGAAGAAAAGAUGUGCCAUGUGCAAAGAACUUGGACACAACAGAAAAGGUUGUCCACAAAGACCUCCAACAGUAGAGGUUCCUACUGCCCAAUCUGUAGAAGUCACCCAACCUCCACCAACAAAUGUUCCAAUAACUCAAGAGUCACCAAACAACUAUGCCUUUAUCUGA